GAGAGAGAGUCUGACAUCACAAGCUCUUGAACGCCACGAAUUAAUUCCAUAGUGUACUACGCCCAUCACUUAUAACCGACCAUGAUUCCUCUUCGAAGACAAAGGAAAUAGAAAAACAACUUAAUUCACUAUAUUCUACCCCAACUUAGCUGCGAUGCCAGCUCAACAUUCCUCCGCCUUCCACACCACCGCUCGGGAUUCCCUCGAACUCGCCUCCCUAGCAUCGUCCAGUCGCGGUCCCGAUACCUACUCGGAAACAGACUCCAGAGCGUCGAUAUCCUCCUCGCGGAAGCUCUCGCUCGAGCAAGACGACCCGUUAGAUUACAACAACCCUGCGAGCCGUUCCGCUCGUGGAAGAACGUACUCCAUCACCUCCAACUUCGACUAUGCCGCGAAUCUCUUCCCGCUCUCCUCGUCUACCGCUCCCGGCUAUGCCCCUUUAGGCGCACCGAGUUCGGCUGCCCAGCGCCACGGCGGGCUGGGCGGGCCUUCGCUAGAGAAACACAAAACGUUAACGUACUUGAACGGGCUAGGUUUAAUCGUAGGGCUAGUAAUUGGUUCGGGUAUCUUUUCGUCCCCCAGCCAGGUCAACGUAAAUGUCGGCUCGCCUGGAGCGUCGCUGGUAGUAUGGGCGAUAUCUGGCGUCCUCGCCUGGACGGGCGCAGCCAGUUAUGCAGAGUUAGGAGGCGCGAUUCCUCUCAACGGAGGCGCGCAAGCUUAUUUAUCCAAGAUUAUGGGCGAAUUGGCCGGCUUCCUUUUCACGUGGGUGGCGGUCCUUGUCCUCAAGCCCGGUAGCGCCGCUAUCAUCGCAAUUAUCAUGGGUGAGUACCUCGUGCGCGCCGCGGUCGGGGCCGAAGCGGAAACGAUAAACCCCUGGAUCAACAAGAGCGUGGGCCUUGUCGGAUUGUUUAUUGUGACGUUUUUGAACUGCGUAUCGACGAAACUGGGGACCCGCGUGAACGAUGCGCUCAUGUUCCUGAAAUUCAUCGCCCUAAUUGGCGUUACUAUUUGCGGCAUCGUGGUCGCCCUGACCGGGUUCUCCACUUCCGGCAAGGCUAAUGUGGACUGGAAGAAUCACGCAUGGUUUGAUGGUACGAGCACAGACGCGACCCAUUGGGCUGUAGCCCUAUACGCCGGGCUGUGGGCUUAUGAUGGUUGGGACAAUACGAACUAUGUAGUGGGCGAGUUUCGAAACCCUUCAAGGGACCUCCCGCGUGUCAUCCAUACGGCGAUGCCUCUUGUCAUUAUUUGCUAUCUCCUUGCCAACUUCUCAUAUUUCCUCGUUUUACCUCUCGAUGCUCUCAACUCCACUAACACUGUUGCCGUUCUGUUCGGCAACAAAGUAUUCGGUCCCGUGGGCGCGCUUAUUUUUGCUCUGAUUGUCAGCGCGUCUUGUUUUGGCGCUCUUAAUUCAUCUACGUUUACCAGCAGCCGGCUUGUUUAUGCCGCUGCCAAAGAAGGUUAUGUUCCAGCUGUCAUUAGCCGCGUGGGUAUUGGUUCCCGCGAGCCGGGCAUGACAACUAUGAGGACGAGGAAUUGGUUUUCGAAACGACUACACAAUAUGAUCGGCGACGAAGAGACGGGUCUUUUCUUUACGCCGCUGUACGCAUUAGCGCUGAACGGCGUGUUAACGGCUAUAUAUGUUAUCGUCGGCGAGUUCGGGGAACUCGUUACGUUUUACGGGGUGGCAGGGUAUUCGUUCUAUUUCCUCACCGUCCUAGGAUUGAUCAUCCUCAGGGUGAAGGAGCCGCAGCUGGAGAGGCCGUAUAAGACGUGGAUCACGACCCCCAUUAUAUUCUGCUGCGUGAGCUUGUUCCUGCUCAGCCGCGCGGUAUUCGCGCAGCCCCUGAAGACGCUCAUCGUCGUCACAUUCGUCCUAUCGGGGAUUCCGAUAUUCUUUUGGAGGAUACAGGGCCGCGACCAGGUCGCUACCAAGCGGGAGACAGGCGCCGGCAACGCGGCGCCCGGGUGGAAGUUCUGGAAACGAUGGCGGAAAUGAAGCUACGACUGAAAAGAUUAAACCCAACUCCCCCAUCCCUUAACUACCUAAAAAAGGGGAAGGGAGGGAUGUUUCUUAUAAAAAGAUUUUCCAACAGUUGGACAUAGCGAGCAUUCU